AUGUCGGAUCAAAAAGCCACCAUCACUGACUGGGUCAAGCCCGGUGAUAAAUCUGGCGAGUUUAAGCGGCAGCAAUCUGUUUUCAGGAAUUUUAUCUCGAAGGAUCCCAAUUCGGAAUUCCCAGCUGAAAAGGAUCGAUAUCAUUUAUAUGUCAGCUAUGCUUGCCCAUGGGCUCACAGAACACUCAUCGUGAGAAAACUGAAGGGCUUGGAGGACAUCAUUGGAUUCACCAGUGUACACUGGCACAUGGCCGAGAAGGGAUGGCGAUUCGCAACAUCCGACGAGAAACUGCCGGGAGAAAACUCCACGCCUGACCCACUACACCCAGACUUCACCCAUCUCCGCGAUUUGUACUUCAGCGUAAACCCGGACUAUGAAGGACGGUUUACGGUCCCAACACUAUGGGACAAGAAGAAGAACACGAUCGUGAGCAACGAGUCCGCAGAGAUCAUCCGCAUGUUCUACACUGAAUUUGACGACCUCAUCGACACCAAAUACAAGGACGUUGUACUGUUCCCCGAAUCGCUCCAGUCCCAAAUCGAAGAAACAAACGAGUGGACGUAUAAUGACGUAAACAACGGAGUCUACAAGUCCGGCUUCGCGACGACGCAGCAGGCGUACGAAAACAAUGUAGUGACGCUUUUCAAGUCGCUCGACCGCGCGGAAGCCGACUUGGCAAAAUCUGCAGGACCAUACUACUUUGGUGACAAGAUCACCGAGGCCGAUGUGCGUCUGUACACUACCAUCAUCCGAUUUGAUCCCGUUUAUGUACAGCACUUCAAAUGCAAUAUUCGAGAUAUCCGCAGUGGAUAUCCGAAUCUGCAUAAAUGGGUCCGCAACUUAUACUGGAACGUUCCGGCUUUUGGAGAGACCACUGAGUUUGAGCAUAUCAAGGGCCACUACACGAAGAGCCAUAAGCAGAUUAAUCCUUUCGGAAUUACGCCUGUGGGCCCUGUUCCCGAUAUUUUGAAGUUGGAGGAAGAGGUGAAUGCUGUGAGGAAGUAG